GUGGCACAAAACUGGAACUUUCGCGUAUGGUAAUCGCGUUCCCACGUCUGUUCCACUGCACACCAAAAUUGAAUUGAAUCGAAUCCAAUCGCUGGGGUUGUAACUGUAAUUUCAUCGCGCGUAUAUGGCAGACGAGGUUUAUUAGAGUUUGGUUACAGUUGGGAUUUUAUUUUAUCAGAUCCAAGCACAUUCAAUGGGAAUAGAAAGCAGCGAAUGAUUGAAUAAAGGGAGAAGAAGCAAGUGCAUCAAUAUAAUAUUAUCACCAUCGUUAUUGAAACAAAAAACGGAAUACUAAAGUGAGGUAUCCUGUGAAAAGUUUGGGAGCAUAACAGACAUCUCGCCUCCCAAAAGAAGCAUCCUGUGAAAAAAUAUGGAUUUGAUGUGUCAUUGUUCGAAUUUUCUUCUUUCGCCGGAGAACCCCAACGCGGCGUGUUCUCUUUCUCUGAACUACGCUCUCGUUAUUCUCAAUCAGAGUCUUCCGAGAUUUGCUCCUCUGCUCUGGGACCACGCUCAUGUGCGAGUGUGCGCCGAUGGAGGUGCCAAUAGGGUGUAUGAUGAAAUGCCUCUUUUCUUCCCGCAUCAACAACCUUCCCAUGUUCGCUCCAGGUACAAGCCUGAUGCAAUUAAAGGAGACAUGGAUUCAAUACGGAAAGAAGUACUUGACUUCUAUGCAAAACUGGGAACUAAGAUAAUUGAUGAGUCGCAUGAUCAGGACACCACAGAUUUACACAAAUGUGUCAUAUACAUACGUGACCUCAGCCCAAAGAUUGAUGGAUCAGAGCAAUGCAUUCUAGUUGCUGGAGCACUUGGUGGGAGAUUCGACCAUGAGAUUGGAAAUAUUAAUGUUCUGUGUCGAUUUCCCAACACACGGAUUAUCCUUCUAUCUGAUGAUUGCCUCAUUCAUCUUCUUCCAAAGAAUCGGUAUCAUAAAAUCUUUAUUCAAUCUUCUGUUGAGGGUCCCCAUUGUGGACUCAUUCCAAUUGGGAUGCCGUCUGGAAGCUCUACAACCACAGGACUCAAAUGGGACCUCAAUGAGACGGCAAUGAGAUUUGGAGGUUUAAUAAGCACAUCGAAUAUUGUAAAAGGAGAAAUAGUUACAGUACAGUCUGAUUCAGAUCUUCUUUGGACUAUUUCUAUCAAGAAGCCUUAGGUUUUAUAUGUUGCUUAGUGCAGUGAUUUUUCAGAUCAUAAGUAUUAAUAUGGGUCCUAUUCUAUUAAAGGUCACAGCUUCAGCUGACCUUUCUUUAUGUUCCAUUCUUUCAACUUACUGUAUGAAUUACGGGAGGACAAAAGGGAAAUAGGGAAUUAUUCUUUAAUGUAGGAACUUCUAUUCCUAGUGACUAUGCUUGGAAAUUCAGUUUUCAAAGAGGUUACCUACAUUCGUUGGUUCA